ACUGUACAUGGUGCUAUUGGAUACCGUGGUAAUCACAGACUCACAGGUACUCAAAAGUUACUUUUAUCUUUAAAAUUACGUAGUUUAAUUUCUGAAGUUGUCAUGUAUAGAAGGUACGCUGUCUCCUCCCGUGGUCUGCCCAGGAGAGACCAGGGGUUGUACACCGGCAGUGCAUUGCAAUUGAGAUUCGCUCACCGUGAUCGACUCAGAACAAAGCCAGCCGAUGCGAAUAUCCUGACCGCCAAUUGGCAAGCGUUGACAUUACAACUUGCCUUGGCAGCCUACCGAUGUCAAAGAGGUCAUUCCGAGCACCCAAGCAGAGGUAUAAAUUGAACAUAGCUAGUGUUUCUGGUUCUCCACUCCAGUUUUCCCCCUCCUUGUAAACUUGUCACGAUGCCCUCCAAAGCAAGAGCAUUGCUUGAGCUCACAAGGCUCCACUGGUUCCCUGUGGGGUGCGACUUCAUGUUUUGGCCCUUCGCUUGGGGCUCCCUGUCUGCGUCCUAUCAUAUGGCAUUGCCCAUGAACGAAGUCGUGAAAAAUACUUUAUUCUAUGCAUUGUUGGGCACACUGGUACACAGCGCAGGCUGUGUCAUCAAUGAUAUGCUUGACCGCGACUUCGAUCGCAAAGUUGAACGUUCAAAAGGCCGACCGAUCGCAUCUGGAGCCGUCACUAUGACAGAGGCUUCAAUUCUUCUAGCCGUUCUCGUCGCUGCCAUCUUCUACAUGUUUUCGACUGCUGGCACUACAGCUCUUGCACUCGGAAUUGUUGGACUCCCUGCUUGUGGUGGGACGUAUCCGCUUAUGAAGCGCUGGAUGUACUGGCCUUCUUUGUUCCUCGGUUUUGCUGCUAGCUGGGCAGUCCCAUUCACUUGGGUAGCAACGACGGGCGAGUUUAAUUGGGGCAUGAUCCUGAACGUCGCAAUUGCGUCGUGCUGUUGGACAUGUCUUUACGACACAAUUUACGCAUGCCAGGACAAGAAGGACGAUGAGAAGGCCGGAGUCAAGUCCAUGGCGGUCCGUCUGGGCGACGGCAUUCGUCCUGCAUUGAGUAUAUUUGAUGUGACCUUCUUUGCGUGCCUUUUGUGGGCUGGGUACUUGAACGGCCAGCACCUCCCGUUCUACGUGCUAAGUGUCAUUGCGCCGUUCCUCCUUUGUCUCUGGCAUAUCUGGUCAUUUGAUCACAAUGAUCCCCGAGACAGCUGGAAGAAAUUCACCGCAGGUCGCCACGGCGCAGCGAUGGUCUGCGCAGGAUUGAUGGUGGAUCAUUACUUUAAUCUCGCGUCCCUUGCCAUCUGAGCAUACACUUCCAUCCAAUGCUAAUUCGGUCACCAUCCUUGUUACUAUAAUAACUACUAUAGAUGACGUGUUUAUUGUGGUAUUCCUCAUGUUUUGCGCCCUAAGUAUCUCGCAAAUCGUGAGUAAUAAGUAGUGUGAUAAUCACGGGCUGAUCCUUACCAGAGUGCGAAUCUAGGUGAUAUGCAAGAUGUUAAUCGCCGUGCGUGGCUAAGUACAUAGAAUGAUGAAAGAUUGCCUUGCGCCGUCAACGGUUGUGAGAAAUAAAACUAGCCUCUAUUAUGUAAGCCGUUCAUCGCGUCUACAAAAGUUCGUCUGCCUUGAAGAAGGAAGACUAAGU